AUGGCAGGACUGACCGGGAACUGCCUCGUGCUUUGGAUCUUCGGGACUUCGAGGAACCUCCGAGGUGGCACAAACCUCCUGGUCAUGAACCUUGCGCUGGCCGACCUCCUCAUGAUGGCUUCCCAGUCCCCGGAGCAGCCAGAAGAAAAAGUGCUCUCCACAAAGUUAAUGAAAUGGAGCGGUGCAAAUCUGGGAUCUACGGGCUUCUGCGGCGCCCUCUUCGGCACUGUCUCUAUCGUCACGCUGGCACUCAUUGCUUUAGACAGAUACAACGCCAUCGUGAACCCCUACACAGUCACCUUCACCUCACGGCUGCAGGGGUGGCGGCUGAGCUACGAGCGGGCCGUGGCGUGGGCGGCGGGGUCGUGGGCGUACGCGGCGGUGUGGUGUUGUCCGCCCCUCCUCGGCUGGAACCAGUACGUCCUCGAGGGAUUUCUUACCAGUUGCACCUUCGAUUACCUGACGGAGGAGCCCUGGAGUCGCAUCUACGUGUUCCUACUGUUCGUGUUCGCCUACGUGGUGCCGCUCACUGUCAUCACCGUGUGUUACUCCCUCAUCUAUUUUUCCGUCUUCCGCCACGACCAUCUGCUUGUGCGAGAUAACGUGCUGACUAAAAGUACCUGUUGGACCUUACACCGCCGGGAGACACAGCUGGCGCGGGUGGUGGUCAUCUCUGUGCUGUUCUGGGCCCUCGCAUGGACGCCCUAUGCAGAGUAGACUCAAUUGGCGAAACUCAUUGGUAUCCUUUAGUGCUUUGUGUGUUGGU